UUGUAGCCGUUCGAUCAAGAUCGAACAGUCAUGAUUUAAAAGUUUUUUUUUAUUGACUGCAUUUAUUUAAACCGUCCGAUCGUGAUCGAACGGUUAUAAAGUUACUGCACCAAAAUUUCAACUGCACAUAAUCAAUUUCCGAGUAUUUAUCCAUUAAACAAUAAGGACAAGUCACGUACAUAAGUAGAUUUGCAUGUGGUAUCCAACUUUUAUUUCACAUGCACAUUGUUUGUUCUCAUUAUUGGUUGAUGAAUAAAUACUACUAAACUCAGAAGUGACUUUGGUUUAAAGAAAAUCUUUUUGUCCUUUUCUUUAUAUAUGUAUUUCAUAUAAUGCUCAAAAUAAGUAAAAUCAUAAAACAAAAAAUAAAUAAAAAAUGUUUAAUAUAUAUACAACGCUAAAAACAAUGUUGAUUUACAUAUUUGUAAAUAUAAAAUUUUGCAGUGGAUAUACUAUAUACUAGUAUUCUAUAUUAUUUUUCUUGUGGUACCAACCAGGGUGUGCGUUACUGGUACUUGGAUUUGAUUUGAAAAUAGAAAAGAACCGAUUGGUUAGAAAUCGAGAUCUUGUGCGUGAGAAAGUUGAAACAACUGAUCAUAAAACUGAAUUGGUCAGUGAUGUUGUGUUUGAGUGGCUAAGUGAGACAGAGAUACUAAUACAAGAGGUGGAGAAUCUGAUGGAACAAGAAGAAAUAACAACACGACAACAAUUUAAAAAAUUGCUGAAAAAAGUAAUGGCACAUAACAUGAAAUUACUUGACCCAUUUUCAACUCCAAUUCCAAGUUUAGAACACUUCUCUUCCGGAAAUAUUGUAUGUUUUAAUUCUCGAGAGAAGGCAUCGGAUCAACUUUUCGCGGCACUGAAAGAUGAUAAUUGCUCUGUGAUUGGAUUGUAUGGUAGAGAGGGUUCUGGUAAGACAACAUUGGUGAAAGCAAUGGGUGAGAAAGUUAAGUAUUUAAAGAUUUUUCAUGAGGUUUUAUUUGCCACAGUGACCCAAAAUCCAAAUAUCAGAACAAUGCAAGAUGAAAUUGCUGACUCCUUGAAUAUGAAAUUUGAUAAAAUUAGUGAAGUUGGAAGAGCCAAUAGAAUAUUAUCAACAAUACAAAGUAUGAACCAUCCGAUUUUAGUGAUUUUUGAUGAUGUUCGAACAAAAUUCGACCCAGAGGAUGUAGGCAUUCCUUGUAAUAGUAAUCGAUGCAAGAUCGUUUUGACCACAUGCUGCCGACAAGAUUGUGACUUGAUGUAUUGUCAAAGGGAUAUUCAACUUAGUCCCCUAUCUACCGAGGAAUCUUGGACUUUGUUCCAAAAACAUUCAGGUAUUCACGAUGAUGAGGAGUACUCCUCCUCAUUUGACUUAUUGAAUGUGGCUCGCGAAGUUGCUUUUGAAUGUGAAGGGUUACCUAGAACAAUUAAAGAUAUGGUAUAUUCCUUAAGAAGUAAACCAAUUGAGGAAUGGAAAACAACACUAGAUAGUCUGAAACAUUCAAUGGCCAAAUGGCAAAUUUUUCUCAGUUUUAGAGGUGAAGAUACACGCUACUCUUUCACAGGUUAUCUUUAUCAAGCUUUAUCUCAAGGGGGAUUCAAGAUCUUCAUGGAUGAUGGAGGACUGCAAACUGGAGACCAAAUUUCCCCCUCUCUUCUAAAUGCAAUUGAAGCAUCAAGGCUUUCGAUUAUUGUUUUAUCUGAAAACUAUGCAAAUUCUUCCUGGUGCCUUGAAGAACUUGUUAAGAUUAUGGAGUGUAUGAAAUUGAAGAAUCAAUUAGUUUGGCCAAUCUUUUACAAAGUGAAGCCAUCAGAGAUAAGGCAUCUGAGAAAAUGUUAUGGCAAAGACAUGGCUCAACAUGAAAAUAAUUUUGGAAUUAACUCAGAGAGAAUACAGAAGUGGAGGUCGGCUUUGUUUGAAGUGUCUAAUUUGUCCGGAAAGACUUAUACAACCGGGUACGAAUAUGAAUUUAUUCAAAAGAUCGUGGAAGAUGCCAAUCGUAUUAAAAGUCGUUUGCAAAUACGAAGCGGAUAGAUAUGGACUCGAAUGAAUGUCAAUCAUACUAAAAGUCGUUUAGCAAGGCAAAGGUUUUUGGAAUGCUUCAGCUUGGGGAAUGGGGACUGCUAAUGUCACUUAAAUUAGGAGAAAUCAAAAUUAUGAAGCAUGUGAUUUAGCUCGUUUGUUAGAUAGGGGAAUUCCCCUCUUGAUGUUGUUUAUGUCUGAACUCAUCUUUAUGCAACUGUUUUUCUGUCAUGGAAUAAAUGCAGGUAGUUGAACUUUAAAAAAACAGAAACAAAAACAUCAGCAGUAGUACAUGUACUAUUUGCAUAUCACAAUUUGCAUUUCGUGUGUCAUAGCUCAAC